AUGCCAGAGAAUCCCUAUGAACCAUGUCUCAGAUGCUCAAGACUGACGAUUCUGAAACGUCCAUGCAUCAGAGUUAAUCUUCACGAGCUUCCACUGCACCGACUGGGCUCUACACGCGACAACAAGCUGUACGAAUGGCUGUCCAUCAAGGAUGUCAUGAACGCAAGCCUAAACAUCGACCUCGAUCGACAUACAAUCAAGCUGACACAAGGAUUCGACUGUGAGGUUGAGGUCACUGUGUCAAAGUUUCAACCUCUACCUGGUGACAAAACUUCAUAUCCCUGGAGAGACUCUGCAGGGAAUCAACGAAUGCUCGAGUUGCCGCACUACUACAUUGCCGACAUGGACAGCCAUCAGAGGGUCAUUGAUGAGUACAACCAGAAAUCGUACAAGGUGUAUAUUCAGAGACUUCUCAAAGGGAAGAGUCCGCUGAUGAUUUGGACGCUCCAAGAGGCGAUCCGGUUCUCGGAAACUCAUCAGAGCUCCCUUGUCAAGGAUAGUCUUCGGCUUUGGGCUGGAAGUCGGCUAACUGAGCUUCCAUGGAUGAUCUGCGGCGAACAUACCCUCAGUCAGAUUCCAGUUCAAGAUCUCGAAUGCCCCCGCAGUGGUACGAUACCGAUUCCUCCGAUCAUGGACACGCAAAUGGACCAUCUUGUCAUCAAAAACAUCAUGACUCCUCUACGACAAAGGAUACUCGCCGGCCUACAAGCCAAGAUCAUGGAGAGGAAGCGUGAGAAUUGGUACGAGAUUUAUCUGACCACUUUCGUGCUUCUCAGUAACAUGGAGCGUCAAUUUGCUCAGGUUCUGUACAUAAUCGACUGGUAUGGAAUGGAGAGCCGAUUUGGCACAAGAGGAAACUCUUCCGUCAGCGAGUCCUUCAUCCACUCGUGCAAAACGCUCCUAGCAUUCUUUCACUAUGCUGGUGGAAGUCAUAAGCCACUAGCGCUGGACUGGAAGGGUCCGAAAGCGCCUCUUGGGAUCAUGACACAUCAGCAGGUUGAGUAUUUAGACAAGACUCAGAAGCAGAUUGGUCGCGAAGGGGAGAAAUUAAUGGGUUUGAAGACGGAGUCGAUUUACGAGAGGGAUAUGUAUUGGUGUCAUCAGUUGUUGUUUGGAGAUUGCAAGGUGGAUGAGCAGAAUGAUAGGGAGAUUGAUGAACUCAAGGAGCAGGACUACAUCUUUCACUAA